AUGGGUUUUGAGUGUGUACACAAAAUCACGCCCAACGACCUCAACUUUGGAUUCAAUCCCAAACGGAGACCACGAGGUCGCAACCACCACCACGGGAUCUCAAUCGUGGGCGGAUUCUCAAAGCUCAUAGCCAAUGCUGACGCCGAGGGUUCUGCUCUGGUGAGAUCGAAGCUCCAGUCCGAAGACAAGGACACGGAGGACAACGAUGAGAACAGAGGUCUCAAUGAUAGGAUGCUAAGGGUGUUUUAG